CUUCACAGCUGCUUGAGUCUCCAGGGCAACGGUUACAAAACUAAGCGAUGCGCCACUUUCCACUGCAUUGCCGACACUAUUAAUAGGUGAGAUUCAGACUCAGGAGAAAUUUGGUUUAUUUCGAACCGAUGAACAACAGUCCAAUAUAAGGAUGAAAAAUAAAAUAAUCGCCGAAAUUGUCGGUAUUUACUACAAGUAACUUUGUACAGUCCUUGUUUAAACGCCUACAUCAAGACGCCAGCUAGCCGGCUAGCUAACGUUUAGCCGUAUCUGCUUCAAGAAUCGCAGUUACUGGCUGGUUGUGUUGCUCUCGCGUAGUUUUUUAGUCGGCUGACAGGUAUUGUUUCUGUUUUAGAUAUAAGCAGAUGGUUUAGCGUUACGCCUGCUAUUUGCUUCAAAAUCACUUUUUUUGCCAUAGUCAUAGCCAGACAUUUUUCAGAGUAUCAACAAAAUAACUAAGUUAUCGUUUACCUAAAAAAUGAACCUUACCGAAGUGGAAGAGCACAUCGCUCUGAAGUAUGAAAUAAAGCGAAGACUUGGAAAGGGGGCAUACGGAAUUGUGUGGAAGGCAGUGGAUAGAAGGACAGGAGAGACGGUGGCAGUUAAAAAAAUAUUUGAUGCCUUCAGAAACCGAACUGAUGCUCAGAGAACAUUCAGAGAAAUUAUGUUUCUUCAGGAAUUCGGGGGUCAUGCCAAUAUCAUCAAAUUGCUGAAUGUCAUCCGAGCCCAAAAUGACAAAGAUAUUUACUUGGUGUUUGAGUACAUGGAUACAGACCUGCAUGCGGUAAUAAAGAAAGGUAACCUUUUGAAGGAUAUUCAUAAGCGCUAUAUCAUGUACCAGCUUCUCAAAGCUACCAAAUACUUACACUCUGGAAAUGUUAUCCACAGGGACCAGAAGCCCUCCAAUAUACUACUAGAUGCAGACUGCUUUAUCAAACUGUGUGACUUCGGUUUGGCACGUUCCCUGAACCAGAUCCAAGAAGAUGCUGGGAACCCUACCCUGACAGAAUAUGUGGCAACGCGAUGGUAUCGUGCUCCUGAAAUUCUCCUCGGGUCCACGCGGUACACAAAAGGUGUGGACAUGUGGAGUGUGGGCUGCAUUCUUGGGGAGAUGCUGCUCGGCAAACCACUGUUCCCUGGAACUUCCACAAUCAAUCAGAUCGAGAAAAUCAUGAGUGCAAUCCCAUACCCUACACCAGAGGAUGUGCUGGCCAUUAAGUCAGAGUAUGGAGCAUCUGUAAUUCAGAGAAUGCUGCUUAGGCCACAGGUGCCGAUAGGUGAUUUACUGCAGCCAUCAGUGCCAGCUGAUGCCCUAGAUCUGCUACAGCAUCUGCUGGUCUUCAACCCGGAUAACAGGCUGACAGCAGAGCAAGCCCUCCAGCAUCCAUAUGUGGCAAAGUUUCACAACCCAGCCAGUGAGCCCAGUCUGGACUACGAUGUCGUCCUCCCUGUGGAUGAUGAUGUCCAGCUUUCUGUUGCUCAGUACAGAAACAAACUCUAUGAGUUGAUUCUGGAGAAACGGGCCAAUCGCCAGAUGGUAGAACGAGAUCAUUUGAAGCAGAAAGCUGAUGAGAUGACCAGGGAAUGCGGUGGGGACCAUGAUCUGGACAAAGAUAACAGAAAAGACAAAGAAUUGAAGAGAGAUGAGAGACAGGAGGGGGGAAGGGAAGGUGAAAUGAAACUCUGUAAAAAGAGCGACCAACCCAAAACCCAAUCAGUUGAUGCUAAGCCCACAGGCAAAAAAGAACUGCCCCAACCAUACAAUGGGAGAAGCAGCCCAGCCAUAGACCCCAACAUGGUGAAGACAUCUUAUAACCCUAUCACGCAUGUGUCCAAUGGUGUAGUAAAACCAUCCAUCUCAGUGUCCCCUCAACAUCAGUAUCACAGAUUUGGCAGAAAGAUGGUGCUGCGGCAUCAGAACAAUGAAAGCAGUAGCAACUUGCCCGGAGAGGACCUGAUCAAGGGUGUAGAGCUGGGUCAGGCACGUGGUCAGUCAGCCUCAAUGGCACACAGCUGCUUGUUCUCCCUCACCCUCUCACAGCCUCAGAAUAACCCUCUGCUUCACAAAGAGGAAACCAUCCUGUCCACUGGCCUGUGUGUCACGUCUGCUCGCCUGAACCAGCGCUCACCUUCUCAGGCACGUGAGGCAAAGGCUCCGCCCAGGUUUAGCAAGAAGGUCUUCCAGAACAACUCCAACAUUUCUGCUGCUGGAGACCCUCGAGCCAAGCUUGGCAGCUAUUCUCAGGCCUAUGGUACCAUCAACAGAACUGUGCUAGACAGCUUGCUUAAAUAUCAUCAGCAGUUAUAGAAUUGUUUGGACUGGAAAGCAAAGACCUUUACAAGCAGAGGACAAGGAGAUCUGGCCCUCUAAAAAAAGGGACUUUAGUUUGUAGAAUGAUGGAAAAUGGCAAAGGGUUUUAAUAAUAAAGUCCUUCUUCAUGAGUGAAUGUGUGACAUGAGAUCUCACACCGAGAUGGAUGCUAUUCCAUAUAAAAUGCCGCUAUGAAACGUGAAAGAUUUUUUUGAAAUAAUUUUCUUGAAAUAUUGACUUUGAAAUAUUUUUAAUUGAUUUACCUGGAAUAUUGACCUUGAAGAUUGUGCCGAAAACUAAAAAAAAAAUUGGUGGCUAUAUAAACAUAAUGCAAUAAAUGUCUUUUGUAUAACA